AUGCUUGGUUUGCAGACUCGAAAACGUCAUCUGAACUUUACUGAAGUCCUGGAUGAGGGUGAACUGCCUGACACGGAUGCCAAGCCAAGUAAAUUCGACGAUGGCUACGAUGUGGACCUGCUGGGUGACGCGGUGGACCGGGAGAGACUGGAGUCCCUGAGCGAACUGGACCGGGAGACCGAGUUGUAUAAGCGUAGCCUGAAGCGAGAGAAGUUGCUCUACCAGUGGGGUAUCGAGUGCGCUCUGCUGGCAAAGGAUAAGACUGAUAACGCUCGCAACAACAAGAAAACCAAGCUCGACUAUGGUUAUCAGGAACAGGAACAAAAGCGAGAGCAGGAGUUGGAGCAACAUCCACAAUCAACGCAACAACUGCAGCAGGAAGCAAAGCUUCUAAUUCAAAUACCUGAUCAGUCUGAUCAGGCGAAGGACGAUCCACUCAAACACGGGGAUGCCAAAGAGCUGAAGCUAAAGACGAAAGACUUUGAUGAGUCAGAUGACGAGAAGUACAUGGACGCCAGCAACUCGAGCAGGAAGUCAGAGACGUUUGUCAACUCCCUGGCGGAACUGAGUGCCCAGCCCCCGCCCAGCGUGCACAGCAUUAACAGGAAGGAGAAGGGCAUUAAGAGGGCAUUGAACUACCGCUUCACCAAAAGCGAUGCAGAGCUGAUGGUCCAGGUCAAGCGCACUAGUCAGAUGCUCGUCAGUGCCGCCUACCGCAAGGCGCGCCUCAUCAUUGAGCGCAACAUGGCCGUGGACAGCAACGACGUGGAGAAGGUCAACGAGCUGGACAAGCUAAUCAAACAGAUCAACGAGCAGUCAUUCAGUGAGCACCAGCGCAAGAAGCGAGUGAAGUGCCUGAAACCCGUCACCAGAACCAAGCCUACCGAGAAAUUCGACUGUCAGCAGUACAAGAAAUUCGCACAGCUCAACAGCCUGCAGUUGAUGCAACAGAUGCGAAAGCCAAUCGUGCUUGCCGAGAAAAUAAGUAAAGAGAAAUUGGACAUGUAUGAGUUGCACAAUUUCGAGGUCAACUUUGAUUUGAGCAGCCUGAAGCCGUUCGGUGAUAUAUGCCAAGAGAUCGAAGGCAUGGCAUCAGAGCCGAUUGUCCAAUACACAAACACCAGAACCUGUACUGGAAAUUAACACAGGCAACCCAGCUCUGGGUAUCCUCUGGGCAAUCACCGAAAAUUGGAAAUUUUCAGAGCACUCUGCGUUUCUAAUUGCCCAGCUGCCCAGGCUGAGGACCUGCCAGCCCAUCGACCAGACAACCAGACAGUCAACCAACCCACGAACGAACCAAGCAGGACAUCGAUUGCCAAAAAUAUGAAUACAGGCUCAACCUCUGUCCGCUGUUGCC